AUGGCAGAAGACGACCAGGCCUCCUCCUCUGUGGCACCGCCGCAGCUGACCGCGGUCGCGGAGAAGACGCUGCCGGCGAAAUGCAAACCGGGCCUGCUGGCGUAUUGUCCGACGAUGGACCUUGUCGCGCUGGCCACUGAGGAUGAGCAGUUGCGCGUCUUUCGGCUGAAUGGACAGCAGGUCUUGGGCGCGAAUUUCGGUGGAGAUCCUUAUCUUGAUGACGACGAGAGGGGAGAGGUGAGGGGAAUCAGUUGGAAAAAUGAUGGUCACCUCCUGGCUGUCGCGGAUGCGGAUAACAAGAUCCGCAUCAUCAGCUCCUACAGUGGCAAGACGGUUCAUCAUUACUCCUCCCGUCAGCAGGAGGAAGAGAGCAGCUCAAAGCAAGACGCAAAGGUCACUUGCUUGGGAUGGGGGAUAAACUUCACCGACAGCAAGGCCGCCCAGCGGCACCUGCAGGAAGCAGGGGGACGGCUUUCCGCUGAAGAUCUCUUAGCCCCCGAUACGCAUCCAGCCAAGGCUGCGGUGCUGCUGAAGGCGGAUUUGCCCCGCGAGUUGGCUCUCUUGGAUAUUGAGAGCUCCUUGCCCAAAUUGAGUACUCUGCCUGGGACGGGAAGCGAUGAUGAUGUGUUCAGCUCUCGAGCAUCGAUCGAUGCUAUCUUCCACUCCCCAAACAAGAACUCGAGUGACUCCGUGGACGUCCUUCUCGUCGGAUUCAACGAUGGGAUGGUCCACCUACGGAUAUUCGACUGCUUCGAAAUCGGCUGUGUCUCUGUCUCAAGUGCGGCUGGAAGACCAAGCUCGGCUGAAAUCUUGCUGCAUGCCUCACAUCCCAUGAGUUCGACCCAUGCAUUGCUUCUAUCCGAAACAGCAGCGGAGGGAUCAGAACAAAAACUGAAGUUGUUGACGAUUGAUCUCCAAUUCAUUACCAAGUCGGGACGGUACCUGUCUCUUCUCGCUUCCAAAACGACCCAACUGCAGAAUUUGCUCCGAUACAUCAACCAGGUGCAACGACAGAUCCAGCUGGAAUGGAAGAAUGUGCUGGAUCUGUCCGCCAGGUACAUUCGGAGUAUCAGUGAUGAUUUGCAGGAGAAAUGCCAUUGUGAUUUUGUCACUGCGCUGUAUCAUCUGGUAGUGACGGGGAACUGUUUCCCACCACUGAAGGAAUUUCUUGUUGAUAUUCUUGGCGAAAGAGGCCACAAACGCUGGGAGAAAACAGUCUCGACGGGCUAUGAGAAUGUUCGCAGGUUGACACACGAGUGUCUACUCCCAGCGCUGGAAAGAUGCGAAGUCCUUCUGAGUCGGCUUAUUGGCAUCUCAAAAUUCCACAAGCUCAGCCAUAUCUUGGGCCUCGAGACGCGGGAUCUUCAGGAGAUUGUCGACACGGUUGAUUGUCUGCAUCUGCUGUCCCAUAACAUCCUGACACACAGCAGCCGAGAAUUGCGCGAGUUUCUCGCCUUUUCUAAAUGGCUCCGCCAUGAGAUCGACAUGCAAUCCGCCGAACCGAUGUCCCAGACUCUGGAAGAGCUGAUGGAAAAAAGUGACAUGAUCGAUCAUGGUGGGACUCUUGAUUAUAUCCAGGGGGCGCUCACAAGAAGCGCCCUCCGCAAUUUUAUCCAUGUGCCCCCCGGUAUGCCAGCAAUGAUAACUGCCAAGCUUCCGUCAACGGUGUCUAGCAAGUGGGCGCCAGGGGCAAAUGACGGCUCGUUCUAUGAAACGUACAGAACAUUGCUGGCACAGCUGGAACAACGAGAGGCCGGACACGGUGAUGGCUUUCAAUUGGAUCUCCCGAAACUGAACGAUCUUACUGGACGUCUAGGGCUGCAGUGUGACAAGGUAUUUGGACAGAUUGCGCUCACACAACGCAGAGGGAUUCUUCAUCGAUGCCCUCUUGUUCUUCAUUCGGACUGUGACAAGAACGCUCUUGAUAUGACCAUGUGCUAUGAGAAUGCCGAUGGUAACGAGUUGUGUUCCAUCUACGUUGCGGCGAAAUCGAGGAAAUCUCCAUAUAACUUCUACAUUUACCGUCUUACGCUCGACUCUGUCAGGGGUGUCAGCUCAACUAAGGCACUCUCGAUCGCCACUAUUAGCCUGCAGAAGGGCGAGAUACGGCAGAUCCAGUUCGUCCAGGACAAUACGAUUAUGCUUCUCUACGUUGACGAGGCAUCCGCAGGCCAUUCGUCCCUUAUCAACUUUCCGUUUACUCCGUCGUCGCCCCAGGAUUCCACCAUGGAGGCCGACAGUCCCACCACAUUUUACCCUACAUAUGCCGCUUUUAAUCCUUCCAAUCCUUCCUCUCCCGAAUCGAGUGCCGUCGUGCUUGAUCUCGAAUCCGCUCACGCCGAGCUCGUCAUGCAUUCCUUCCCAUCGUCCGGUCCGAAAGCAAAACCGGUGCGAAUCGAUGUCAACGGACGAAAAGGGAGAAGGGCCAUUUGCGUGCUGUUCGCAGAUGGUCUGCACUAUGAGGUUUUAGAUAUGGAUACCCAGGUUCAAGGCGAAGAAGAGGAGACCCAAGAAGACGGAGAAGAAAACCGGACGGAGGAGGACCGGCUUAUGUCUGAAUGA